UUAGAUGACAACACUGAGCGGGAGCGUACCAAAAUUAGUGCGGGGGGGGGGUGUUUCCACAUGAACGUCGAUUUAAAACAAGAAAUUCUGUGUGACACGACGUUUUUCUUCCUCUUUUUAUUUCUAACGCGCUUUAAAAAAAAUUUUUUUAUAGUCGCACAAACCUUAAACCGACGGCGCUAGAAGCAGGUGAAGUGCUUGGCUUCCUGUCAGUACACCCCCACCACCACGUGACGCGGUGUUAGCGACCACAAAGCAGGACUUGUUUUUCUUUAUCUGCGCUUUGCCCCAACACAUAUUCCUCCGCCAGGGUCGGGAGCUCCCGGAAGAGCAGAGCAGAGCGGUGCUUGGUUCCUUCCGCCGGCCUCAGACAGGUUUCCAGAGGAACACAGGGUUUAUUUAUAUCUCGGGGAGGGGGGGUUUCCGCCUUUUGUUUUAUCUUACCUCAGCGGACAGUCUCCGUUAGCAGCCACCCCCGGCCCCUUACUGAUCUAUUACCGGUUACUGUGACAUGUCAACCCCGGCCAGACGGCGCCUGAUGAGGGACUUUAAAAGGUAAGCGGGUUCAAGAUGGCGGCUCACUGCGGGUGACAGGGUAACCCCCCCCCCAGCGUGGACCGGGGGCCCCCAGGGCAUUGUGGGGGGUGGGGGGGGGGGGUCUUUUGCCUAAAAAAACACCUCCCAUGAUGCUUUGCUGGUGGUCACCCCCAGAAUGUUUUGUUGUCUAAUCUGUGUGCUGUUUUGUUUCCCAGGCUCCAGGAGGACCCCCCUGCAGGGGUGAGCGGUGCCCCCUCUGAGAAUAACAUCAUGGUCUGGAACGCAGUCAUUUUUGGGUGAGAUUUAAUGACCCCCUCAAUCAGGGUGUUAUGUGCCCCCCCAGCCCCCCCCAUUAGUGAAACUUGUGGGGUGGUCUAGUUUGCUAAAGCAGGGGUCCCCAAACUCCAGCCCCCCCAGAUGUUGCUGAACUACAACUCCCAUGAUUCUUUGAGAUACAUAGCCAGAGAAUCAUGGGAGUUGUAGUUAAGCAAUAUCUGAGGGGUCGGAGUUUGCGGAAGCCUGCUCUAAAGAGGUUUUUUUUUUUGUUUGUUUUUUUAAAGGACUAAGAUAAGACACCUUAAGAUUAUCAUGUGACUUUUUUUUAAUUUUAUUUAUUUAUUUUUUUCUGAACUAUGCAAAGUCUUUCUGCCGUCACAGCCCUUCUCUCAAAAAAUCAAGUCAGUAAUAGGAGCGUUUCUUCAAAGGAAAAAUAAGUCAGGCUCAUCCAUUGAAGUGAGAAUUGCUAGGAAUUGGAAGUAAACUUGAAAUUUUAAGCGCAAAGCUGCCCAUCUGGAAGCACAUAGGGAAUCUUUCAGUUUUUGGCCUUAAAUUCAAGAUUUACCAAAAAUUAUCUCUGAAUUCCUGUUCUUGCUCUAGAGACUAACCCUGCGAUUUGAAAAAAAAAAUCUGGCCUCUUAAUAGGAUGCUAUGCUCCAGUUUUGUAGUCCGAUAUAAUUUGGUUUACAAAACAGGUUAAAAUAGCCAAGUUGUGAAUAUCAACUGUUUUAGCUUGAAUUUCAGUAAUCCUUUAGUGAGCCCCACACGUAUUCGCUCAACCCGGAUUUAAAAAAUUAUUUGCAAAAUUUAGUCUAACAUAUAAGAUUCGACUAUAGCAGAGUUGAAGAAUUUGCCAAUAUCUAACAAAUUGGUUUUCAGUUCAUUAUGAUUUGGUGUUUAAUAUACUAGAUAAAUUAAGUUUAUUCACUUAACAGGAUUUCAUUCUACCCAGUGACACUGUUUUUAAUAAAUCUUUCUACAUAAUUCAAAAAGCUUGCAGCCAAGUAGUACAUGUGGUGCAGUUGCUAAGCAAAUCAGUAGAAUUUUGUUAUUUUGCAAACAUUUAGAACUUUGAAAUUGCAUGGUUACCAAUUUUAUUUUUUUAUCUUUAUCGCAAUUUUGAAUUCUAGUUGCUACUUCUGCAACGCUUGUCAAUAUUUAUCUUCCACUGUUGGUCACCUUUAACAUAUUCAGGUCAUAACCAAACCAAUCUGUCAGUUCAGGUGACACAAAUAAUUACAGUCCAUUUUCUGCAAGAAGCCAGCAGUUCCUUGAUUUCCCCUUAACCCCCCUUUUGUGUGUGGGUGCUUAUAUAUAAUUCAUACAGUUUCUAUAGAUACAUAGAGCAGGUGCUAUCCUGGGUGCAAAGUGCUAAAUGUCCAGAUAUAUUUCUUUUGGUUUCAAUGGGGUUGCUCCUUAUUUACUUUGCCUUGAUGAAUCUUCCUCUACAUAAUUCAGUUUACACUUCCCAUUGUGUCAUAAACUAUACAUACUCCUACUCCUACCACAGUGAAGUCAAGCUGCUCCAGUCUAAGUAGUGUGAAUGAUUACCAAAACUGGAUAUUCCCAUGUUGUGCUACUUUUCUUUUGUAUUAAAGGAACACUAUAGUCACCUAAAUUACUUUAGCUAAAUAAAGCAGUUUUAGUGUAUAGAUCAUUCCCCUGCAAUUUCACUGCUCAAUUCACUGUCAUUUAGGAGUUAAAUCACUUUGUUUCUGUUUAUGCAGCCCUAGCCACACCUCCCUUGGCCAUGAUUGACAGAGCCUGCAUGAAAAAAAAAAAACUGGUUUCACUUUCAAACAGAUGUAAUUUACCUUAAAUAAUUGUAUCUCAAUCUCUAAAUUGAACUUUAAUGACAUACAGGAGGCUCUUGCAGGGUCUAGCACGGUAUUAACAUAGCAGGGGAUAAGAAAAUCUUAAUUAAACAGGAUUUGCAAUAAAGAAAGCUUAAAUAGGGCUCUCUUUACAGGAAGUGUUUAUGGAAGGCUGUGCAAGUCACAUGCAGGGAGGUGUGACUAUGGUUCAUAAGCAAUGGGAUUUAACUCCUAAAUGGCAGAGGAUUGAGCAGUGAGGCUGCAGGGGCAUGUUCUAUACAUCAAAACAAAUUAAUUAAGCUAAAGUUGUUCAGGUGACAAUAGUGUCCCUUUAAAUCUAACCAACUAAUCCAUAAAUAAUCUAAAUUUCCGUUUGUAAACUUGUUUUUUUAAGACUUGACAUUAUCAUUGUCAGGUUUGAUACUAACCUGUAUAGUAUGUUGCUUAAUCUUAACUGUAUUUUAUUUUGUAGACCUGAGGGAACACCCUUUGAAGAUGGUAAGUUCUGCACAGAACCUUGUUCUUUAGAAGAUUUAAAUGUUUUACUUAUGAAAUUGUAUGCAUAUAGUUGGAAGGAACAUACCUGAAGAUUGCUUUCUCUUACUGAUCAAUGGGAUUGGACAUGCACAUACAUCCACCAGACCUUUAAAUGCUUAUCUUGCAAGUGGUUGCCUGCUAAGUAUUUUUGGAUGCUGCAAUUGGGUGUGUAUUAAUUCAAGGACCUAAUUUUGUGUUUCUCUAGGCCUAUUUGGUUGAGCUUAUAGAAGAAGAAGAAAAAGAAAAAAAAAAAAUAUAUAUAUAUAUUUUCCUAGAUAGAGCAUGUUACUCAUCUAAUUAUCUUUGAUAAGUGUUACAUAUGCUGCACAUUGUCCUGAACUGACCCAGGAACCACCUCUAGUGGCCAUCUGAGUGACGGGCACUAAAGGGUGUUACUAGGCAGCAAUGUAAACCUUUUUUUUUUUUUUUUUUUUCUCUGACAAGGUAGUGCUUACACUUAACAUGCCUCCAGUGACAUGCUAUACACACCAGAGCAACUACAUAGUAGUUGUUCUGGUGACUAUAUGGUCCCUUUAAUUUUCACAUACACAAAUCAACUUAAUUUAGAGUAGAAGUAGUCCUUUUGUAGUCAGAAGUAUUUCUCAUGUGCCUUAUCUCACUGCACUUCUAUCCUCUAUUACUGUCAUGCAUUCCACAGCCUCUCUUAAAUUUUGUAAUCUCUUUAUAUUUUUCAAUUUUACUACUAAGGGACCUUUUUUUGAUGGCAGUUGUUUCAUUGGGAAGCUGUUAAAAACAAAGUUCUUUGGUGUUUGAUCUCAUAGGUUUCACAUGGGGCUGUGCCCCAAUUUAUGUAACUUGGAUAGGGUGGUGUUCUUGUAUGUCUGUCUUGUCUGCCUAUGAGCGUGUAUAGCAUAUUAAUAGAUCAAGCGCUCAGUGUUGUAUUGUGCAUUUUGGGCCACUUCAUCGCUGAACAAUAUGUCUAGAGCUUUUGGGCAUUCCUUCCAUAUGACCAUAAAUACCAUUUGGCACACGUGAAUUUCUCAUGCUCUAACUGCGCCAUAAAUCCUCAUAUGAAAUGCAAAUGAUUAAAUAUAAACUUUGUGAAUUAAAGAGGGAAAUUAUCUACCACCUGUAGCAGUCUUUUAGUAGGCUAUUUGCAAAGAAAGUGACAUGUCUGCUUAAAAACCAAAAACAAAUUAAAGUGAAAUCCAAUCUGUUGAGGUAAUUGAAGGGUAGCUGCUGUGCCAAUAUCAGAUGUAUAAAUUCAUUAUCCCCCUCAGGAAUAUUCUUCAUAUUGGUAUUAAGUUACAUAAUUUGAAGUUUAUAUAACUUUUAUAAGCUUACUUUUGUUUUGUAGGAACUUUUAAACUUACGAUAGAAUUCACAGAAGAAUAUCCAAAUAAACCACCAACAGUUAGAUUUGUGUCCAAAAUGUUUCAUCCCAAUGGUAAGUGUAAUCUUCUAUAUUUCACAUCCUCCCCCCAAACUGUGUAUCAGUUUUUUUUUUUUUUUUUUAUCAGAUAUUUAUCCUAUGCUGGAGAGGGAAAUAAUGGCAUUCUCUUGUAAUGGGUUGUAAUGUUUAAUAUGAAUCAGCAGGUCUAGAUUGCCUUCCUAUUAUGAAAUCAGACUAACAUUUACUUAAUUUUUUUUUUUUUUAAUGUAAUGUUUCUGUGGAAAAAUGCAUGAAAAGGCUUUACUUUCCAAUAUAUGUUCUAUAGUGCAUUUUAAUGUUUAUCGUAUUUGCCUGGGUUUAGACUCAUUUGGCAAAUAAACAUGAGCGCUCAAGAAAUCUGUUAGGGGGUUGGGGGUACACAAACAGAAGUGUAUGCAUGUGACCCUUAUUCCACUUUCUGGGCAGUUGAAUUCUGGAACUUUAUUCCUGAUUUUCCUACAGCUAGAAUAGGGCGCUCCUAGGGUUUACUCUGUUCUAUAUGUGAAGGCAAUGGAAGAUUGAAGGGUUAGUAUAAGCACUUUGCAUUAAUGGAAAUUGCAUAGCUCUUUAGUUUACCAUCCAGUCUCUGUUUGAGUGGUUUGUAUAGGAACAACUGUUAUGUUUUAUUUUGUAAAGAGAAACUAUAGUGCCAGGAAAAACCUUUUUUUUUUUUUUUUUUUUUAAAUUUUUUUUUUUUCUGGCACUAUGGCUUCCCCCUCCCGCAGCGCUGAAAGGGUUAACCCUUCAGUCACUUACCUGGGCCAGCACUGAUGUUCCUUGGUGCUGACUCUGCUCCGCCCCACGCUCCUGCCUAGUGGCUGCUGGCGGGGGAAACCAAAUGUUCACGCGCGGCAAUGGCCGUGCGCGCAUUAGACCUCCCUAUAGGAAAACAUUGAAUAAUGCUUUCCUAUGGGAAUUCCGGAGAUGCUCGACGUCCUCAUGCAGAGCGUGGGGACGUCUAACAUAAUUUUAAUACACUUUUGGUGCUCUAAGAAGUCUGAGAGACUGCAACUAGAGAUGGGAUUAGCCCUGUAAUCAAAACCAGUGUUUUGACUAAAAGGGCUAAGGGGCAUGGCACCUAGACCAUUCUAAUUGGCAGAAUUGGUCUGUGUGCCUAGUGUCCCUUUAAAUUGCUCUUUAAAGUGACACUGUAGACAUUCAGACUAAUUCAGCUAAUUGAGAUGGUUUGGGUGCAGUGUCCCUGUCCCUUUAACCCUGGAAUGUAGAACAAACGUCCAGAGCUGUAGCGUAUCUGCACAAUUAUGCUGCAGGACUGAAGGGCAAAUCCCCAGUGAGAACCCAGGUACAUUGAGGAGUUUCCCCACAAAGUCAGUUUUUCAUUAGACUUGGGGAUUUUUUUUGUCUGAACCAAAUUUUGUCUUUUUUAUUUCGGUAUUUCAUGUGGACAAAUGAAAUUCCAGUGCAUACUGCUUCUUGCCGAUGUUUAGUAGAUAACUCCCUAAACUGAUACGUUUGGCAUUGCCCUAUUUAAGGGUACUAAAUUAGGGAACGGUUUAGUAGAAAACUCUCUAAUUAUGGGAUUGCCAUAAGGAUACCAAAAAGGGAGAGAGACACAGGUGUGGAACCGCACUAUGCGCAAUGCAUGACGCAGUAUGGCUCAGCGUAAUGCUUUUAAUUUUGUGUUACUAUGGGCAGCAGUGCUAUUAGUCUUGAAGGUUCUGUACGAGCCAAAAGCUGUGCUUUGUUCACUAAUAAAGACCCCUUUUGAGGGGAAACUCUUCUGUAUGACUUUUUUCUCUCUCCUAUGUAGGCACAUAGUAGGGAAUGCUCUCCCCUCCCUGGAAAGUGCUGAGCCACAGUUGGUGCAUGCAUGGUCCAUGGCUUUCCCGACAGUGGCUUCGCUGAGUGGGCGGCAUCAUGCAGUAUCCCCCCAAUUGAAAUAUAAGUUGGGAGCACGGAGUGUUGGGUCUGUGUGUUUUGGGGGGGGUGGGGCGGGUGGCUCAGUCUGUGUGGGAGAGCUGAGUGGAUCUUUCCCUGGUGUCCAGUGGGACUCCUCUCUAAUCUUCCUGCAGUUUCUCUCUGCUCCCCUGCGUGCUGUCUGUAGUGAUUUCUGAGGCCGGAGUAACUAAACGGCAGGCGAGGUAGCAGACAGCAACUGCAGGAAGGUUACUGCUCCCCGCGGCGGCCAGCUUCAAUGUUUCCUGUGCGGCUUAGCCAAGGACUAACAAAUCCCAGGCGCCAGGGAGAAACUUCUUGUUGCCGUGGUGACCUGGCACCUGGAAUUUGUCGAGCCCUGUGUGUGUAUGCAUGCGUUUUAUAACUGCCCCCCCUACUUUCUCCUUGGAUCCUCAUGUGCCCCUCCCUAAAUAUGAAUCCUGGAGAUGCCACAGUUUCUUGAUAGUCAUAUGCAGCCCGGUUCGCUUAACCAUUCUGGCAAUAAUGAUUAUAUGAAUCUUCAUAGUGUUCCUUUAAAUUCCCUCCCCCACUCUUCUUCCCACAAAGAAUAUAAAUCCUGCUGCUCGGUCACAUUUACCUCAUUACUGCCAAGUAACAAGGUGCAUACAGGAGCCAGUGAUACUCACUGGGUGCUCAUUAAACUGAAUCAUUCACCCAACACUACACACAGGCAAACAUAACUGGUUUGUGAUGUGCUUGAAAUAAAAUGUAGAUUGCAUGCAUUGCUUUUGGAGGGAUGCUUGGCUGUGUGCAGAAUGUAAAUUAGCAGAUGUGGGUGGUGUAAAAUUCUUCUGUAUUGUGUACCCAUUUGAUGCAAUGUACUCAUUUGCAUUACUAUUCCCAAUUUAUACAUUGGUGACUGUAAAAUUAGAUGGUGCAGUCAAAAUGGGCUUGCUGUACUUUUAUGCUUGACGGUUAUUUGUAGUUGCAAAACUGCUCAAUGUCUGCACAUAAUGUAUUUUAUGAGUCAAGGGAGUCCACUGUAGUUCAAAAGGGCACAUCCUUACCCAACAACUAAACCGAUAAUGCACCAAAAUAAGGACCCUGGUAUUGGCAAUUCUGUUUUGUCCAGCCUUUAAGCUUAUUUUCCUAUAGUAAACAAUACCUUUUUACUUGGCCAAAACUGGUAAUUAACAUUGUCUGAUCUUUGAUAAGAAAUUAUUCAAGAGGAAAACCAUUUUUGUAGGUCCAGACCCACCUAAUGGAGUCACUAUUUUAGUUGUCUUAAAUGAGAACUUUCCAGAAUUGUGAAUCUUAUCUUUCCUGACACCGCUGCUUUAGGAGGCCUGGUGGUGCAGCACUGGUAUGUUAUAAUUUCCUGAUGCUGUCCCUGGCAGACAUCGCAGUCUUUACCUCCUUUUGUUUCAUCAACUAGAAGCCCUCUUUAGUGCUGUGGCGGCUUGGGGAACUGAAAGAAUGCCUCUGCCUUUUGUCAAGUUGAGGCUUUACCUUAAGACAAGUACCGGCUUUGUCUUUAUAGUACAAUUUCACUGCAAUCCCUAUUCAGUCAAAAUAUUAUUGAUCCCCAGUGUGCAAAGGUGGAGUGCCACUCUUAUAUGGGCACUUUUGGCAAAAGUGAUUUAACUUGCUAAACCUUUUAAAUUUAAGGAACAGUCACAUUGAAAAUAACCUAUAACUUGUGUUCACACUUUUUCCAUGUUUUUUAAAUCUUUAGUCUCCCAUGAUUUUUGUGCAAUGUGUCAAAGUUUAAUCCUUUAUUUUUAGUUUACGCUGAUGGCAGCAUAUGUCUGGAUAUUCUUCAAAAUCGUUGGAGUCCAACUUAUGAUGUUUCUUCAAUAUUAACCUCUAUACAGGUAAGUCCUGUGGUCUUGCCAGCCUGUUCUUGUCAACUGUUUUCAUUUUGGAGUCGAGCUUACCCUAUAAAUACUGCAUACUCUUUUUAUGAUAUUUUAGUUCAGAGGUACCAUUCAUCAGAUGCAUAAAACCAUUUCACAAGCAUGCCUGCUUUUGUAAUAAUUACUUGGCAAUUUAAUUUGCAAAAAUAAUAGUGUAUAUGAAAUCAAACCCCUUUAUACAUGGUUGAUCCAAACAUUUUUUUAUGUUUUUAUUCAUGGUUUUGUGAAUGUUAUAAAUGGUUGUGUUGGUUCUUGGAAUGCCAUCUUUAUAUUGGUGUAAAAUUAAUUGUUUUCUAGGUUCCUGGUUUUUAGAAUUGAGAAUCAGCUCUUCUUGCAUGUUUUUUGUGUGCUACUGUAUCUAUCACAAGGCAAAUAAGGAAUUUCCCUUGGAUAGCACUUUCCAGGAAGGCCGCAAGAAACUACCCACUCAGGCUCCUGCACAUCUUAAACUGGGCGCCCUGUGUUCCACCUGUGGGAGGGGGAAUGUGAGGUGGGCAGCUGUGUGCAGUGUAAACAUGCAGCAAAGAAGCUGUAAUUUGUCCUGCUCUGCUCACUUGUGUGCCCUGCAGGGAUGCCAGGAGCAGGGAUAGGUCACUCCUGACCCUAGUAUUACCAAACGAUGCACAUGUAAGCAGAGCAAGAAGAUGAUGGGAUAACAGCAGCCACACUAAACCCCAAGGAAAGGAUCCACUCCAGCUCUCCCAAAAGUAGGGGGGUUGGAUGGACAAAUGUUAAAAUAUAACUUAUGAGUGUAUGUGUUAAACACUGCACGUGCCAAUGAGAGCAUGUAAGGGUCAGUUGUAUGUGUGCUUAAAAGGUGGAGUCUACACACAAAGGGGCAGAGUUUGCUUAAGGGGUAUGUCAAAUUUAGAUGAGAGGAGUUGCCAGAGUUCAGUCAUCUCUAAGGCAGCAGAAAACACCAGUAUAUGUAUUGUAAUAUUUUAUUUAUGUAUGUUUUCUCCUUAGUCAUUGCUGGAUGAACCAAACCCAAAUAGUCCUGCAAACAGCCAGGCUGCUCAGCUGUACCAAGAAAACAAACGUGAAUACGAAAAGAGGGUCUCCGCAAUAGUAGAACAGAGUUGGCGUGACUGUUGACCCUUGCCCUUGUUUAUGAACACUCUGAACGAGAGGAAAAUAUAUAUAUGAAGUGUCUUGAGUGAUCUUCCUCUUGCUAGAAUCUUUGCAUUUAUAUUGACUGCAAAAUUGGCUGUCGUACUGUCACCACCUAACUUGGCCCCCGGCUGAUGCAUUCAUUUAUAUAUAAUUUUUUUUUCACUUUUUUUUUUUUUUAUUAUUUUUUUUUCUUCUCCUUCCCCCACCCUCCCUUCUUGGACACCUGAAAUUCAUGUUGCAGUCAAAUGUACCAUAUGUGGGUUACUUGCAAAACUUGCAUCAUUUAUAUAUUGUGUGUAAAUAAUUUGUUUUUAAUUUGUUGAGCAGUUAAUUUCACACCUCUCAGCUGAUCUUUAAAAAAAAAAAUCUCCCCUCCCCCUCCCUCCCCCCCUUUGGUUUAACAGGCCAUAAAAUGUCUGUUUUGUAAUAAAAGGGACAUGAAUGUGUUCAUACAAACAUACAGGAUAACAAUCUUCUUGAGACAUCCUUUUUACAUUUGGAAUACAAUCUAAAGUACAGAGCCAAGGCUGUAUUAGAUUUCAAUUUUAAAUCGCUUUUCCACUUUUUUUUUUUUUUCUUCAUUUAAUCGUCCUCUCUUCUUCAGAGGCAGGGAAGUAAGUAUAAAGGUUUGGGCUAGACAACACUGUGUCAAGGCUAGUGUUUUCUAGUUAUUAAACAGUUGAUUUUUUGCAUAUCGCAAAGUGUGUAGAUAUGAACUGCUAGAAACAUGUCUGUUUAAACCUCCAGAAACAAAGUCGUACUGAGAAUACAUCUGAUUUGUCAAUCAUUGGAACAUUGAUCAGGGGAUUCUCAAAUGCAAUGCAAGUUGUGACCUACCCAAAACAUUGAUCUUGUAACAUUUUGGUGUGCUGUAGAAAUGAAGGGUAAAAUUAGUCUACUCUGCCUUUUAGUCACUACUUUGUGCCGUUACUAGUAGUGUUGCAAGCCACAAAGCAAAAUACACGUAAGUCACUUUCUUCAAGUUUUGCUUUUGUUAGUUAAGUUUGACCUUAAGCUGUAAGGCCCACAUGUGCAUUUAUUUGGUGACUGAGAAUGGUUUGCCAUGAUUACAAUUCUCUUAACAGAAUUAGAAGAAUAAAAGGUUUUAUAACAAAACGAAAAAAACUGAAUACACAAAAGUGUGCUUUUUUUUUUUUUUUUGAGGAUUUUACACAUUCUUUAUAGGUUUUUGCUUUUGCACAAGUAACCCAUGUAAAACUGUACAUUCUCUAAUCUUGUAAAUAAAAGUGUAUCUACCAAAUUUCCCAAGUAUCUCUAAAUAUCAAAGGGUUUUAUUUUAUAUAUCUUUACCUCUUGAAUGAGAAGUGGG